AUGAGAAUUGAUACACACAUAAUAUCAGAAUAUAUCUUUCCAUAUCAAGCAGCAACUGAACUCAGCUUUCUCGGGAAAACAACGGGCGUAGCUAAGAAAAUAAACCCGAGGCCACCACCUACUCCUUACACACCUACUAUACGUACUGAACUACCAUCACCUGCACCAGACGAACAUACUCAGAAUUGCCCAAUUUGUCUGACUAUCCGGAAAGACGUGGCCUUUGGCUGUGGUCUCAUGAUUUGUAGAGAUUGCGGAUCCAGGAUAUCAAACUGUCCCAUCUGCAGAGUACUGAUCACAAGCCGGCUAAGGCUUUGCACGUGAUCAGUGCCUUUGCAAAUAACAAAACACUUGCACAUACUGUCUUUCUCCAUUUUACCAAGUGUCUCUGCAUUGUUCAUGAAUCAGCUUGUACCAUUUAAAUAUCCUAUGUACUAUAGAUGUUAGCUUGCAAACAAUGAUGAAAUAGAAAUGUACAAAACAUGGGUUUUACAUUUUUCUUCACUGUCACAAAAAAAAAUGUUUGAAGUGACUGAUUCUUGCACCAGUUCAAAAAAAAAACAAAGCAUGCCAGAUUCAAGAAACUGACAAAAAUAUCAAAGAUACACAACAACAAAAAUUAACACAUAAUUUUUAAAAUAUUAAAAAAGUAAUUGAGAAACAGAAUAUAACAAGAUAAUAACUAAGAUCAAAUUAAUCAUAAGAGCAUAAAUGAAAAAAGUUCAUGAUAUAAUAAGAGAUUAAUCAUAUUUUAUGGAAAUAAAUGCAUUUAUGUCAUGACUUCCAAAAAUAAGUAUAAAUUUACUACUGAUAUACAAAUAAAAUGUAUAUAUUUUUCAAAAUAUGGAUUAAAAACGAAAUAAACCGACAAGAUAUGAAAGUAUAAAUGAAAGUAAAUAAUAUAAAAUAAAACAAACAAGUCAAUAUAUAUAUGUGUAUAUAUUACCAAAAAAUAGAAGAAUACACUGGGUUUAAAAUUAUCACACCCAUUAAAUUAUGAGAUUUAAUUAAUUGUUAAAAAUUCUAACAUCAAAUAACUUUAACCUAAAAAAAUAAAAAAAUAAAAGAAGAAAACAAUCACAAACAUAAUAAUUCAAAACCACAUUUAUAAUCAAAUUCUUCCAAAUAUAAACAAAAUUUUGAACCAAAUAUACACAUAUUCAUUUGCGAAAACUGACUAGUUAAUGUUAUAACACCUAAGACCAUCUUCAAAGUAUUUUACUAUUUCUACUUCUAAAAUCGAGAAACUCUAUAAAAUGUGUAAUAUGCUCCAAUGUAUUUCUCUAAAUUAGCAAGCUUUAAAUCUAUAUAUAAUAGCAAACCCAUUUUUUUGUUAUUGAUGAUGUAAUCAGUUUUUUAUAGGAAAAAAAAACUUUAAAUCCAACAGUCAGAUUUGUUUCUAAUUUUUCAUCUAAGGGACAAAAUAUUCCCUUGCUUUUAGUGGCUUACGUCAUCAAAAACUGUAGUACUGUAGUUACUUUUCCCGAAUCGUUUUAUUCUCAAACAACACAACCUUUAAAUCACACCCCCUUAAAUCACACCUCUCUGAUCAAUAUAUGUUCAAACAACACAACCCUUAAAUCACACCUCCUUAAAUUACAGCUCUCUGAUCAAUAUAUAUGUAUAUCUAUGUUCCAUUUGUUACUUAUGAUGUAUGGUAGUCACUCAGCAGCCAUCUCCUGUACGGGGCAUCUCAAAAACGUCCCGAGAAGCCGUUUCGUGCGGUGAGGGGAUGGCAAAGAAUUUCUGGGCACGUUUCAGGAUGAGCGAAUUUACAAAUUGACACUAGAGAACCUAGAGUUUUUAUGCUUCUCUAUACCAAGCAAGCAAUAUAAUGUUAAUCAAUAGAAAAAUCGAUUGGGGAAUCUAUAUUUCAAUAUGCCGGCCAGAGAAAUGGAGAUUACAGAGUUAUGGGGAUCGUUCGAACUGUUUUGAUUAGGGUCAACUGGUCGGCUCCACAGUAUAGAAUUUACGUUCAUGUCCAAAACUUUAUUAGAUUUGCUCUCUUAUGCGUUUACUUUUUCCUUACGUAAGUUAUCCCAAGAGUAUGUGCAAAAUAUUGAGUUGUAAUUGUGAUACAGCUAAUAUAUAAUUCAUGUAAGUACACAUUGAACUUGAAUUUAUAAUAUUUAAAAUUUAACUUUU